GAAGAGGAAUCAACAUCUAGUGAAGAGGAAUCAUCUAAUGAAGAAGAGUCAUCAUCUAGUGAAGAGGAAUCAACAUCUAGUGAAGAGUCAUCAACUAGCGAAGAGUCAUCAUCUAGUGAAGGAGAGUCAUUGUCCAGCACUACUAAUCCUCUACCGUCAUUUAGCUCAAGUAAUGGUGAUCCGCUUUCAUCUGUCACUGAAAGUGUCUCUUCAAUCUCAUCAGAGGUUCAAGUGUCUUCCUCUUCAUCAAUUUGGUCUUCAGCUAGCAGCACCGGUUGUGCAACAUGCAUGACAUUAUCUCCUCUCACUCCAAGAUGGUCAAAUUCUUCGUCCGCAGAGUAUGCUACUACUUUUGAGAGUACAGUCGAGUCUUCUACUUUAGAAAGUGCAACUACUGUCGCGUCUGUGGUUACUACUCCAGCUGCCGUUACAAGUAGUUCCGAGGGCAUCGCAAGUACAUCCGACUCAGUAGAUGGCACCACUACUUUUGGUGAUGUUGGUACAACAACUACGACGUCGACUUCGGAGGUUUUCAUUUCUCCAUCAGACUCAUCAGACUCCGAAGCAUCACCUUCUAGUAAUGUCAGUGAACUGAGCUCGGAUGAUCUGGUAAGUACUGACGGUAUAGUGAAAACUGUGACAUCAACUGUCACAAAUAUUGACACGACAAGUAUUUCCCAUGAUGGUGUUGAGCCAACAAAAAGUUCUGCUGCCAACUCUUCCAAUGGGGGUGAAGAUGGACAUUCGGUCAUUGGAACAACAGAUUCAUCCCUGAUUGAUGAUGAGACCCAAAUUGAAACAACAUCCCCUGCUGAGGAAGAAUUCAGCACUGCUACAACCACUGUGAUUUUAGUUUCUGUUGACACUAUUUCGACAACAUCUCCAACAUCUCCAAGAAGUAUUUCUGGGAACAGCUAUGAAGGCAUUACAAAUACUGAUGCCACUGUAACUGCUACUGGUACAACCGGUACUGAGGGCACGAAUGGAGAUGAGAAUAAUCAUCAUUCAACUAAUGACGGUGAAGACACAUUCACAAAUGUGUUCUGUAAAGUGAAUGGUGAUUGUGGUGUGUCUUACAACACCAACCCUGGUACAUCAAUCACGACAAUUUCUCAACCUGGAACCGUUGGCAUUUCAAUUCCAACGCUUACUGUCACUACUGAGGUAACUGCUACAAACGAGCAUGAUACAACUAAUAAUAACAGUGGAAAUGUUCCAAAAACACCUGUUGAAUUAGAUACGGCCGCUCCCCAACCUAAUAACGGUAGAAGUGCUACUGUUGACCAACAGGAAACGAAGAGUAUCACUUCGAUUCCAGGCCAAGGUCAAGGAGCAGAAACUGGGACAUCAGCAGACGUGAACAAUCCAGCUAAUGCUGUCACACAAACAAUUGAAUCAAGGGAGAGCACAGUAACAUUGGCUGUGGAAGGUUCCACAAGUGGUACAUCUUUGGAUCAAACUGAAAGUACUGUGAGAGAAUCCCCAUCAACUACUGUUACUGUUUCUCAUACAGAUUCUACUUCAAUUAGUGAAGCUGAAAAUGGCAAUAUAUCAUCAGCUUCAGCUGGUACAGGAUCCACCACGCCUCAAACGACUCCAGCUGUAUCAGCCAUUUUUGAAGGCCGCAGUGGUCAAAUCUCAGCAUCCAUCAUAAGUAUUGUUUGUGCUUGUUUCUUAGCUUUGUGAAUAGUUUGUUGAUAUAUCUUGAUUUAUUUGAAC